GUCGAGCUCCGCGAAACGUCCAAAUGGAGAGGUUAUGUUGUGAAAGGUGGAUAGUGUUCCGUGUUUUUUUACACUUUUAAAAUCGAUGUUAGCGAUCGGUGAAUAUGGCUGAAGAGGUCUCGGUCGUUUUGAAGCGUAACGAGAACUCCGGCUUUGGAUUCUCCCUUUUGGGUAAACCGGGAUUACCGCCCAUUAUCUACAAUAUCCUGGAGGAUUCUCCAGCUGCCGAAAGCGGCGAGGUAGAAGUGGGCGACGUAAUCUUAAAAGUCAACGAAACUGAUGUCAAUAGGUUCAGUAUAAAAGAAGUUUUAAAAUGUCUGCGUCUCUCUUCAGAUCCCGUAACAUUAAAAAUAAAGAGGGACCCGAAGAUAAAGGCUACGCUGCGCAAGCACCUGUUAAGCUCUGGCGAUGCGGAUAUGGCGGCCGUCCAUAAGGGGGGCGCCGCCCUUACCAGUACUGUUUACAGCCACGUAAGACCUGAAUCGACGCCUCCGCGACUUCACCACGCUGGAGGUACAAAUGGCAGCUGUCCAGAACAAGAACCAUUACUUGGAGGAGGGGGUGGUCAUCAUCAGUUACAUCUUAACAACGACGAGGACGACCAACGGUUACAAUGGGAACCACUCGGGCCCCAAGGAACUACUCCUCAUGAUAAUAGAUCUUCGAAAGGACAACAACAGCCUAAAUUUGAGGCAUUCACGAUGACCGGAGAGUAUAUUAUUAAUAUUAGCAGAACGCAGCAAAGUUUGCUGCCUAAACAACAAAAAAAGGUUGAUAAUUUAAGGUAUCAUAAUAGUCAUACUCAUCACCUUCGUCAUCAGCAGCAUAAUUCGGUACCAAAUAGUCCAAACGAAAUGGAUCUCGGUUAUAAAAAACCCUACAGCAAGUCGGGUUCGAGUUCGGCGAGUACAUCGCCUGUUAGUGCCAACAAACGCGAUUCGAAUCCUUCGCCGGCAACGGAAACAACUUCGGCGAAAUCCUCGGCGUCGUUCAACAAUUUCGUAAGGACGAGUCGAAGCGAAGACCAACUACAAGACGCGAAAAGUAUCAGCGCUGUGGACAUCGAGAUCGACGACGACGUAACCAGCUCGCUGAAUACGCUGCUCGAUACACGACCCGAUUCGAUAGCCGCUUCUGGGAACCCCGGGUCUCAUUCAGCAACCGAUCGUAUCGUUUGGACGUAUAACGCGCCCGUAACAGCCAGCUCCGAGGCCCACAAAUUGUGCCACACACUUUCGAAUGGUAGCAGCUCGUCACAUAGCACUUCACCAUCAUCGACGAGCCCUCUUCGGUCCGGUUCGCCGAAUUCGCCAACCUCUAUGUCUUCCUCGGUGAUGUCAAGCCAUUCGACGGGUUCGCGAAGGUAUCCGUACACUUUAACGAACGGUCCCCAUACGGAUUCGGGGCAAUAUAAUCAGACCAACGGAGAUUUUAGUGUCUCUGAGGCGAUUAGUAACAUCUCCAGCCCCGAUUAUCAUGAUGAUGAUAGUAUGGGGAUUAGGGACUGCGUUAUGGAGAUCAGUGAUCAUAGUGAUAGUGAUAGUACACUGCUUGUUUCUGAACCUAAACACAGACAAAAUAAUACAGACGGUGAUCAUCGGAUAGUGAUACAGGUUAAAGGACCUGAUAAAGAUGGUAGUGGAAGGGGGAAAUUUAAGACAUCAAGUGAUACUUUGGACCAAGAUUUCGAUGAUGAUAAAGAUUUAACGCACCGAAACGAUUCGGGUAGAGACGCCUCCCCGAACAAUUCCUCUGAAGACGACAGUGACGUGGAGAGUCUUUUAAGUUUCCAUUAUUCCCCAAAAGCCGUUGAUAUGCCGUCAGCGAUUCGACUUGCCAAACGAUUGUACAGUUUGGAUGGUUUUAAAAAAUCGGAUGUUUCAAGACACUUGAGUAAAAACAAUGAUUUUAGUAGAGCUGUUGGGGAUGAAUACUUAAAAUAUUUCGAUUUCGAACAGGAUACUUUGGAUAUAGCGCUAAGGAAGUUCCUUAAACAAUUUCCGUUAACCGGGGAAACCCAGGAACGCGAACGGGUUUUAGUUCCUUUUUCAAAAAGGUUUUUGGAUUGUAAUCCAGGAUCGUUUAAUUCACAAGAUGCCGUACAUACAUUAACAUGUGCAAUAAUGCUGCUUAAUACUGAUUUACACGGUCAAAAUAUCAAUCGUAAAAUGACUUGUAAUGAAUUUAUUGAGAAUUUAGCUGGAUUGAAUGAGAAAGAAAACUUUCCAAGGGAAGUUUUAAAACAGCUUUACCACGCAAUUAAAAAUAAUCCGUUAGAAUGGGCGUUGGAUGAUGAUAUCGAUGAAGCAAUGAACCAAGUAAACUUAAGAUCGCACGAAGUGAAUUUAGGUGGAAAUCCAUUCCUAGAAGUUCCAAGUUCGAUGAAUGCCAUCGAAUACAUGAAGGGUUACGUGAUGCGAAAAUGUUGUUAUGAAGCGAACGCCAAAAGAAGCCUUUGCUGCGUUUUUUUAGCUCCGUUUCACAAGCGUAGCUGGAAGAUGUUUUACUGCACGCUCCGCGACCUCGUUCUCUAUCUGCACAAGGACGAGAACGGUUUCCGGAAGGGUCAAAUGGGCGACAAUUUCCACAACGCCAUCCGGAUACAUCACGCCCUCGCCACCCCUGCUACAGAUUACACGAAAAAACAACACGUUUUUCGAUUGCAAACUGCCGAUCAAGCAGAGUAUUUAUUCCAAACUAGCGAUACAAAAGAAUUACAAUCGUGGAUAGAUACAAUUAAUUUUGUAUGCGCAAGUUUUUCUGCGCCGCCUUUGGAAGCAGCAGUUGGAUCACAGAAGAAAUUUCAAAGACCAUUAUUACCGUGUAGUCACACUAAACUUAAUUUGAGGGAUCAGUUAAGAGAUCAUGAGGAGAGAGUUACUAGACUGGCCAGCGAGCUCGAAGAACAUCGAAAAGCGCCCCCGGAAAGAGGCGCAAAAUCGCUAAUUGUGCAGAAUUACAAAGAAAAAGUGGCCUACCUUACUUAUGAACUUCAAAGAUACAGCAUUUACGUUCACGUAUUAAAAUCUCGAAUUUCCGAUGCGGGAAUCUGCGUUUUGGAGAAUAGUAUCGGGGAAUUAGAGGACGAAGCGAGCGGGGUGGGUUACGGUGGAAGCGGUGAAAGUGGAUCGUCAACGACAACCGUUUCUGAGGGGAAAUCACCGCCCAUCAAUAGGUUUACAGCUAUCUCAGUUCAUAUAAAAUACUUUCCGAAAUACGAGCCCUUAAGAGGUGAUAACUGACACAGGCAGACGACGGACUAAUGAAGAAUAAAAAAUAAGAUAUAUAAAAAGGGCGGAUGUCUCGUGCAAUAGGAAUCGAUGAAUUCAAAAGGAAAAGAAGAUAAAUAAUAAUAGAAAAAAUCAAGUUGAAGUAAUUCUUUUCGAACAAAAAUAAUAUCAUCCCUUCAUAACAUUCAAUUUUUAAACAAGAAACAAAGUUGAUUCGUUCUAUUUACCAAAGAAAUUAGUUUAUCAAAUUUACUAAGCUGGAUAAUGUUUAAAUGCGAACGAACGACACCCAUUAUAUAUAAUUAUAUAAUUAUUUUUUAUAUAGAUACGAUUAUUAUAAUUGCUUUUUCGCCGCUACAUUUCCAUCUAUUUUUUAAUGUAUAUAAUGUGCUUUAAUUGUAUUUUUUAUUUCAUCUGUGAAAUAUAUUUUAUUUUGAAA